UGCGCCAAAGAAAGGUAUGUGUUUUUGCUACUCCGAUCGGUGGAUCUCCGCCGUUGCCGUCGUACCAUCCGCCGUCGCCACUCUCUCAAUAUAAGUUUCAAUUCGAUUCUUUUUUUUUUAAUCAAUAUCAAUAUGAAGCCCUAAAUCUUGUUCAAUAAGGUGAAAAGUUGGAAAAUUUUGCUGUUGCAUUUAAUGGUUGAAAAAUCGAGAAUAAGGGAUCGGUGAAAGUAUAGAUAUUAUGGCUAAUGCUGAAAACAUAAAUGAUGAAGAUAUGGUUAUGGAUCUUGAUUUAAAUCAAGAGCCUUCAGUUGAACAAUUACCGCUACCUGUACUUGUGCCGGUACAAGCUCCAACGUUUGGUUACGGGCCUUUGUUGAAUGAGUUAGAGACUGCACAUGGUAGGAUUGAGGAUCGGAUUCGCCAGCUUGAAGCGGUUACGGCUAGAGCUAGACAACGCCAACGUUGGCGACAGGCUAGGAAUAUUCCCGAGUUGAGUUAUAUGUCGGUAAUUGAACCUAGCGUUGGUUUAGGGAAUCAGAAUCAGACUCAUGAAAGAAAUGAUGUUGAAGAUGAGGUUAGGGUUGAAGAAAGAGGGAGGAGUAGUAGUAAAAGGGAUAUUAGUCAGUUGACAAAAGCGUUGGAGAUGGAUUUGGAUUCAAAGAAGGUGGAUAACGAUGGAGGUGGUGAGGAGGACGAGAGUGGAGGUUUCUUUGAUUGUAAUAUUUGUUUGGAAAUGGCUAAGGAUCCUAUCUUGACUUGCUGUGGUCAUUUGUUUUGUUGGAGUUGUUUUUAUCAGUUGUCGUAUGUGGAUUCGAGUGCUAAAGAAUGUCCAGUUUGCAAAGGGGAAGUGACUGAUUCGAGCAUCACGCCAAUUUAUGGUAAUGGGAAAGAUCAGCCGGUGUUGAAAUUGGAAUCUGGGGUGAAAAUACCUCCGAGGCCUCGAGCUCGUCGAGUGGAGAGUAUUAGACAGCAACGGGUUAUUAGGGGGAUUUCUCAUAUUCCUGUAGCAGAAGCACUUAGAAGGAUUAGGAUCGGGAUAGGUUCUAUUGGGGAUAAUCCGCUUCUGCAGGGUCUUAACAGUAUAGGUCAUGCUUCUGAUACGAGUUCCUCAGUUUUACACAACUCAGAUGCUGGGGGUAGUCGUCGACACCGUUCUCGUCAUUUCUCUAGGGUGAUCUCUGAAAGUGCUGCUUCACUUUCUUCCAUUUCAUCUGCACUAAACAAUGCAGAACGAUUGGUUGAGGAUCUUGAGACUUAUAUCAAUGACCGUCUUUUGAGGAGGGCCGAUGCUCAGGUUCCACCAAUUAAUCAAGAAAUAAAUACGUUUCUUGCAAAUGCUGCUGAGGCUCAACCUGAGCCCCAAAAUGCAGAGAUGAAUGCCUCUAUGCCGCAAUCCUCAUCUUCUCAAAGAUCCGUUGCUACUACUGUUGUGCACUUAGAUAACGUGUCAACUGAUAGUGCUGUAGAGAUUGAUCUGACUAUAUCGCAUCCGUCAACAUCAUCUUCUAGGAGAAGUGCUGUUUCACGAGCAUCGAGUUUAGAAGGUGGAACAUCUCGGGAACUCAGGAGGAGACGUUUGAGGUAAUUAGAUGUUUUUUAAAAAUGAAAUUUUCAUUCGAAUGGGAAUGAACUCCCCUUUGCAAUUUAGUCAUGUUUUCGUUAUUACAUUGAUUUUUCAUAGUGAACAUGUUUUAGAUGUUGGGAGUGUUGUAUUGUUCUGUAGCCGUUCAUGUUAUUCAGGAUAUCAUAUGAUGUAACGUGUUUAAGAUUUGGAAUAUUGUAAUACCUGAUUUGCUGAUAUACAAAUUGCAUGUCAUCACUGCUGAUGGAGUGAUGGUUUACAUA